AUGGAUUUACUUCACCAAGCAAAAACCACACUAGAACCAUUCACAACACUAUUAUGGAUUAUUCUCCCACUCACUAUGUUUCUACUAGUAAAUUUCUCCUCAAAAAUCUCCAAAAGAUUAUCAUAUCCACCAGGACCAAAAGGGUUACCCUUAAUAGGUAACAUGAACAUGAUGGACAAACUCACACAUAGAGGCUUAGCAAAUUUAGCAAAACAAUACGGCGGCGUUUUGCACCUUCGCAUGGGGUUUAUUCACAUGGUAGCAAUCUCAAACGCGGAAGCAGCGCGUGAAGUGUUACAAUUGCAUGACAACAUAUUCUCGAAUCGCCCGGCGACGAUCGCCAUAAGUUAUCUCACUUAUGAUCGCGCUGACAUGGCGUUCGCUCACUACGGUCCGUUUUGGCGUCAGAUGCGGAAGCUAUGCGUCAUGAAGCUCUUCAGCCGUAAACGCGCGGAGUCGUGGGAAUCAGUUAGAGAUGAAGUUGACGUUGUUAUCACCAAUGUUAACGAUAAUCUGGGAAAAUCAGUUAACAUUGGUGAGUUGGUUUUUAAUUUGACUAAGAAUAUCAUCUAUCGUGCGGCCUUUGGGUCGAGUUCGAAAGAAGGUCAAGAUGAGUUUAUUUCGAUACUUCAAGAGUUUUCGAAAUUGUUUGGUGCUUUUAAUAUUGCGGAUUUUGUUCCUUGGUUGAGGUGGGUUGAUCCUCAAGGUUUGAAUGCUAGGCUCGUUAAGGCUCGUGGUGCGUUGGAUGGUUUUAUUGAUAAGAUUUUUGAUGAACAUGUUGAGAAGAAGAAGAGGAAUAUGAGGGGUGAUGAAGAUAGUGAUAUGGUUGAUGAAUUAUUGGCUUUUUACAGUGAUGAAGCUAAAGUGAAUGAUGAAUCAGAUGAUCUUCAUAAUUCUAUCAAACUCACUAGGGAUAACAUCAAAGCCAUCAUCAUGGAUGUCAUGUUUGGAGGAACAGAAACGGUUGCAUCAGCAAUGGAAUGGGCUAUGUCGGAGCUACUAAGAAAUCCAGAAGAACUCAAGCGCGUGCAACAAGAACUCGCCACCGUGGUUGGCCUAGACCGGCGCGUGGAAGAAUCAGACAUAGAGAAAUUAACGUACCUAAAAUGCGUCGUCAAGGAGACGCUUCGUCUUCACCCGCCGAUUCCACUUCUCCUCCACGAGACAGCGGAGGACGCAACAGUUGGUGGUUAUUACGUACCCAAAGGCUCCCGCGUGAUGAUAAACGCGUGGGCUAUUGGGAGAGAUGGAGAUUUAUGGAAGGAUGCAGAAGAGUUUAAGCCUUCAAGAUUUUUAAAUUCAAGUGCACCUGAUUUUAAAGGAAGUAACUUCGAGUUUAUUCCGUUUGGGUCGGGUCGAAGAUCUUGCCCCGGAAUGCAAUUGGGCCUGUAUGCAUUGGACUUAGCUUUGGCCCAUUUACUUCAUGGUUUUACUUGGGAGUUACCAAAUGGAAUGAAACCUAAUGAAAUGGAUACGAGUGAUGUUUUUGGACUCACCGCUCCAAGAGCGAGUCGACUUGUUGCUGUUCCAGCUAAGCGUCUUGUGUGCCCUCUCUGA